AUGCAGGCCUUGAUUAGGCUUGCUUGUGAUCUAGCCGCCGCACUUUGCGGCCUUAUUUAUCUCAUGUACAUCACCUUCAGGUUGAGGCGGCAGAUGGAAGAAUCCGUGAAAGUGACCGUUGCAGCCCUGAAAACUCUUGCACAACCGAGCAUUUACACUUUCACGGAGUCCGCUAUUCGAAAUGCCAUCUAUCUCUGGCUCGUCAACCGAAUCAUUUUGCUUGGCGAAAACUACGCAACAGCGUGGGGCGUUUUUAAUACAAUUCGAUGGGGUCUCAUUAUGGUUCCAGUCCAGACUCUUGAGGCAUCAACACUAACGUUUGUUGGACACAACUGGGGGAGAUGGCGAGCGCGUGUAGGUGUCGAGAUACGUCAGCCUAAAGCAUCUAGAGCUGAAAUCUUUGGUAUGGACAGUGACCUAUAUUUGAUUAAAUUAGCUAAUGGUUAUGAUUGGGAAGAAAUGAUUCGCCCUGCCCUCAUAUCAUGCUGCGUGGCACUGGUUGUUGAAGUGAUCAUUUGCAUUGCACUUUCUACCCAUGGUGUGCAGACUUUCGCCUAUUUCCUAUCUGGUUCUGAAGUUGUUGCUCAAAUCACGCAGAUGAUGUGGAAGGCCAUCGACUGGACAUAUAUUUUCUAUGCUUUGAAUUAUCAACUGGCUGCCAUUCUCCUUGCGACGUCCCCACGUUGGUAUUUGUACCAGGCCCUCGGUUCGAACUUCCUCUGGAUGUUGCCGUGGGCAAUUGUCGUUACUAAGGUUUCGUUUCCGGAAGCUAUCGCAUGGACUUACUAUGCUAUUAUUUUUGGUGGUGCUCUAGUCUUCGAUUUCAUUGAUGUCAGCAUAACACUACUAAUCUGGGCUCUUGGAUUGUCGAAGGGGAGAAUCAAAGUUAACGUCAUAUGA